GUGGGCCAGUGAUUGUGUCAGACUUUGCAGUGCAAGAAUGUUUGAAUCGGAGGAAAAAUCUAACAACAAUUUCACCGAAAAGCCUUUAAAUCAAGUGGAAAAAUCGUUUCUCCUCUACGCCGAAAGGGGUGAUUGUGCAUCAGUUCGCAGGAUAAUUGAAGAAUACAGUGAGUGCAAGGAAGAAUUUGAUAUAAACUGCAUUGAUGCAAUAAAUCGUUCAGCUUUCGUGAUUGCAAUCGAGAAUGGAAACAUCGAAUUGGUGAAACUUCUCCUCGACUCGCAUAUUGACGUUAAAGAUGGAUUGCUUCAUGCAAUCAAUGAGGAAUUUGUGGAAGCGGUCGAAAUGCUUCUAGAUUGGGAGGAGAAAACGCAUCAAGUUGGCGAUUUGUACAGUUGGGAAAAAGUGGAACGGUCUUCGGCCACUUUCACACCUGACAUCACACCUUUGGUGCUUGCUGGACAUAAAAACAAUUACGAGAUUGUCAAGUUGUUGCUUGAUCGAGGAGCCACUCUUCCACUGCCCCACGAUGUCAAAUGCGGUUGCGACGAAUGCGUUUGCUCGAACCAAAGCGACUCCUUGCGCCACUCCCAAGCCCGGAUCAAUUCUUACAAAGCUCUAACAUCACCAUCGGUCAUUUCCCUCUCCUCCACCGACCCUCUUUUGACAGCUUUCGAACUCUCGGGCGACUUGAGACGACUUAGUCGCCUCGAAACCGAAUUUCGCGCCGAAUACAACACCAUGCGAACCGUGGUGGAAAACUUCGUCGCCCUCCUCCUCGACCACGUGAAAACCUCCGAGGAGUUGAUGAUCUUGCUCAACUACGACGAGAAAAACCCCAAUUGGGUGUUUGGCGAACAACAGACUUUAGCACGCUUAAAACUCGCAAUCAAACACAAACAAAAAAAAUUCGUCUCGCAUCCCAACGUCCAGCAAAUCCUAGGCACAAUCUGGUAUGAGGGACUCCCCGGUUUUCGCAGAAAAAACCUCCUGGGACAAACCAUCCAACUGGUGAGAUUGAGCGCCAUGUUUGCGAUUUAUUGCAUGGUUUACAUGCUACUACCAACCUCCAAAAUGGGACUUUUCAUCAAAAAACCCUUCGUCAAAUUUAUCUGUCAUUCAAGCAGUUAUAUGUUAUUUUUGAUUUUGUUGGGUGUAACAUCGCAACGUUUCGAAAUCACCGUUUUGGAGUGGAUUGAUACAGGGUGGUCAAGAAAUUUCGUCGAUGAAUGGAAGAGGAAGGAACGUGGGGCGAUUUUGGGCUUCGCCGAAUGUGGGGUCGUUCUCUACGUCUCAAGCAAAGUUUGCAAGGAAAUCAAGCAUUUAUGGAAAUCGAACUUGAUUGAAUACGUUUCCGACUUGUGGAACAUGGUCGAUUUUGUGACAAAUAUUUUUUACGCCGCUUGGCUGUCUUUACGUCUUUGUUCGAUCUACAUAACUCGAAGAGCUGAGUUUCUGGGUGAGGACCCUUGGUACCCGCGCGAGGAAUGGAACCCCUUUGAGCCCAUGUUGAUAGCCGAGGGGGCUUUCGCAGCCGCCAUGAUUUUCAGUUUCUUGAAAUUGGUUCACAUAUUUAGCGUAAAUCCGCACUUGGGGCCACUUCAAAUCUCACUAAGCCGAAUGAUUAUUGACAUAGUCAAGUUUUUCUUUAUUUAUACUCUAGUUUUGUUUGCAUUUGGUUGUGGUUUGAACCAACUGUUGUGGUAUUAUGCCGAACUUGAGAAAAAUAAAUGUUACCAUAAGUCGAAUGGAAUGCCCGAUUUUGAGACCCAUGACAAGGCCUGCACGAUUUGGAGGAGAUAUGCCAAUUUAUUUGAAACGUCGCAAUCUUUGUUUUGGGCCAGUUUUGGUCUCGUCGACUUGCUCUCGUUCGAAUUAACCGGAAUUAAAAGUUUCACCCGAUUUUGGGCCCUACUAAUGUUCGGUUCCUACUCCGUCAUAAACAUCAUAGUUUUGCUAAACAUGUUGAUUGCAAUGAUGUCAAAUUCGUUUCAAAUCAUCUCCGAACGUGCAGAUAUUGAGUGGAAAUUUGCGCGAAGUAAGCUCUGGAUGACUUAUUUCGAAGAUGAUGAUGUUUUACCACCACCGUUCAACAUCCUCCCAAACACCGAACUGUUUUGCAGUUGUUUCAAGCUUCGCCAACGCAAGAAAAAUAAAAUUUGUAGUAAAGAAUCCCAAUUGAGGAUUAAAGCCAAACACGAGUCGGUCGUUCGUUUAUUACUGAAACGUUACAAUACGUCAGAACAGCGAAAACGACACGAAUUUGGCGUCACUGAAGACGAUGUUAUCGAAAUCAGACAAGAUAUCUCAACUUUGCGAUACGAAAUUAUCGAUAUUUUGAAAAAUAACGGAAUGCGAACCCCAAAUGUGUCAUUUGAGGACAAACAAGUGGUAGGGAAAAAAGGCAAAAUGAUUGAACGAAGAAUUCUGCGUGAUUUUCACAUUGGUGUUGUGGACGAAGUUGGCAAGACUGAAAACGUCAGUGUUUCCCCGAGUAAGAAAAGACGGCGAACAUUCAAAAAGGAAAAAAAAGACUGGAAUUCACUUGUGAGGAAAAGUACCAAGAGCUUCGACCCCAUUGGCUCCUCUAGCAACCAUAUUGAAUAAAAAAUUGUUUACUGU